AUGGACCACGAGGCCGAUAUGCAUAUCGACGGGGACAAUGUGUCACGCAUAGAUUGCGACAACGAAUCAAACAGUGAGCUGAAAGUAGAUCGCGAGUGUGAAUCGUUUCGUGUCAGCAAGGCUACGAGUGGCGAUGAGGGUGGAUUUGGGGACACACGCUACGUUAGUG